GCGAUGUGGCGCGAUGUGGCGAUCAAAUCGGUAAAGAUGUAAGACUGUGGACUGUGUCAUCGCGCAUCGUCAGCUGCGUGUAGCGGCGGACGUGCGCUAGUGUCGGCAUCGCUGCUGCUCUCGUUCCUUAUUUUAACAUAUCGGCCUUGUCUUUCAACUUUUGGAAACAGCGGAGAGAACUGCCGUUCCGUUUUCUAUCGGAUAGUGGCUAAUAUCGUAUAUAAGAGAGCCAAACGUGCAAAACGCAACAAUUAUUUGGCUAUGAAUUCUUCAACGUACGCCGGGAAUCCGGAUGCCAUGAUUGCGGGCCCUCCUCCACCACCGCCCCCUCCACCUCCAAUGUCUGGUCAACUGCCAUCUAUGAGGAUAAAUACUACAGAGAAUGCAGGAACGAAGAAAGCGCAGACAGUGAAUAACGACGGUAUUUACGAGCCACCAGCAGCUAUUCAGAAUGCAAUGUUAACAAAGGAUAAGAAGCCCUUUACUUACACGCCAGGUAUGGGUGGUAAACUAGAUCUCUCGCAGAUUCGUAGUCCGCGGAUGGCGAGAAGAGUUGCGAAAAAUGCCAAUGAUGAAGGGAUAGAGGGGCCACCGAAACUUGCCGAAUCGAAACCAUCGGUCGCGGCUUCUACUGCGACAAAUUUCUUGGUGCAACCACAGGUCGCGGUACCAGUUUUUCCUUCCAAUGUGCCAGCUCAGCCUCAUGUUAACAGAAUAUCAUCAUCUCAGUUUAUCAAUAGAACUCCAUCGAAUGCCGCGGACAAACAAACCACCGAACCACCAAAGAAUGUUAUAAAGAUAGAUACAAAUAAGGCAGUACCGAUUACUACAGUAAUGAAUCAAUCAAGCACUCCUGAAAGUCCGAGUACACCGACACAAGUUACUUUGGUUAAGGCUCCUACACCCUGGUUGCAAAAUAAGAACAAACCUCAGGAGGAAUUGCCCGAGUGGGCGAAACGCACAUGUAUUAAUAAAACGGCGGUUCUUAACAACGAUUCUUCGGAAAGCGCGCCUUCUCCGACAGUUUAUGUUCAAGUUCAGCAAUCAGUUCCGCAUCAUUCGGAAACAAAACAAAAGCAAGAACAAGAACAACACCCUACUCCGCAGCUCUAUCAGCAGCCAAAAUCGCAACAACAGAAACAAAUUGCUGUUUCCGCAAUGUCCCAACAAACUAAUCCGCAAUCACAUCAGCACGAACGUGUUAUACCCAUUCGAAUCGAGGAUAGACCGUCGGUAUUUGAUGUGAAGCGUGAUUCUGGCCAUCAUCAAUUUAAACAACCUCCAACUUUGCAUCAUCAACAGCGAUGGGGUCAGAUGCCUGCUCAAUAUACCUUGGAGAAUCAGGCGCAAAAUCAUCCACAAAAUCAAGAACAAAUUUGCGUUGCAGCUUUGCCUCGGCCGGAACAAACGGUCGGAACAACCUAUAUUAUCCCUGUUGUAGUGAAAGACAACGACAAAAAGUCAGUGCCGUGUAGUGCCGAAAAUAAUAUGACCGAAAAGGCUGCAAGAAUAAUGCAACAGCGGAAUCCCAACCCGAUUCAACAGCACGAGGCUGGACCAGUUCAAUCACGAUCAUUUCGUGUUCUUCAAAAAAUUACCGAUACAGACACAGUCAAUGACGUGGGUACAGAACAAAUACGUAGAUUGGAAUUGAGUGAAGACGAAAGGCUACUUAUGAAUAAAUUUAAAGAGCAAGUCGAUCACGAAACUUAUCUUCAUCAAGAGGAAGAUCCGAGAUAUCGUGGUGCAGCAAUACCUUCGCGAGCUUUCCGUUUAUUACAAAAUAUGACAGAUUCGAACGAUGCCACAGUUACAUGUGCAGCGCCACGUAAUAUACAAAAUGUUUCAAAUAAGAAACAAAAUAGAAAUUCAAAAGUAUUCGAAGAGAUGCAAGCAAAUUUGCCACCCAGUGAACAACAAGUGCAAGAACCAAAGAAAUACAUGGGUAGUGCAAUUCCUUCUCGAUCCUUUAGGAUAUUACAAGCGAUGACAGCACCAGAAAGUAAUGCCACGCAAGAAAAUCGUCAAGCAGAUUACACCUGUCGAACAGAGAAUAACUUGCCGGGCAAUCAGCAGGGUGUAUUACUUCCUCUUCAACCUAUUCCUUUCUGGUAUCCCGAGGGUUGGUGGGGCUAUUAUCCCGUGCAGUAUAAUGCUACAUCCAACGAAACCGCGAAUGAAACGAACAGACAUUCCUUUCCUUUUUACGCAUAUCCGCGAUAUCCUAUUUACCCGGUUUAUAAUGAAAAUUAUACGAUGACACAACUAAGAGUUACGGAUCAAGAAAAUCCUUCGGGGCAAUACGGUUACGCGGCUGUAAUUUAUCCCCCAGCAGGUUACAACGAUAUUCAACCACAUUCGAACUACGUCGAUGCAAGCAAAUGCAAUUAUCAUGAUCGUUUUAUCGCUGACGAUGCAUUUUUUGCUCGAAACGAUAAAUUAGAUUGUCUGCAAAACGGCACGAUUAAUGAGUCAAAAAACAGCAUUUUGCCUAAUGAGAUUAACCAUUUAAAUGCACAGUCGAACGAGACAUACGAUCCCAAAAAUGUCAGCGAGAACUCCAAUAGAGAAAAUAAUUGCAUUAGUACAGCGAUGAACAUAAUUGACGAGGAAGACUGUAUAUCGACGAAUCCUGACAAUAUUACAGUCGUUAAUAAUAUUGACAUAGCGAAAAAAAAAACAUUUGGUCCGUUCAUCAACGUGCCAAAUUAUACCUACAUAGAUACUAGCGAUUCUAGCGCUUCUAGCGUUGAAUCGAACGAUUCCAGUGAUUCGAGCGAUUCUAUCUCGGACAAUGAACAAUUUUUAAAUUCCUGUCAGAAAAAUCAUAGCCUUAGCAAUGAUACUACUUUCAAUAAUACGUCAUCCGAUAGUGAUUCCGAUUCAUAUAUAGCUUAUUUCACAAGAAUGAAUCCUUACGAGAAAAUUGAGAGAGAUCCGCACAAUUUCUCUUCGAGCAAGAAUCGCACUGACGUAGUCCGCGCUGAGUGCUCAACUGUCGUUAACAAUCUAUGUGGACGCUCGCGAGACUUUUCUGAAAAUUGCAAUCGAACCGGAGAGGAGAUAGAUUUCAGGGAGGAGUGUAUCGAUUAUUUGGACGAUCGAUCGGACUCUCGUAUGACGUUUCAGCAAGCUCUCACGAGCGAGAGCGAGAGACAUAACGGGGAGAAUCGUUCAACCGAUGAUCGAGAUACGUUCGAUUCUUAUUCCUACAAGAGCGAUCGUUACUUGGAGCAAUGUAGUCAGGAGGAUGAUGGUCCGAUAGCGACCGACGAUCCUCCCGAUAUCGAAAGUACGAUGGUCAGCGUGAGUUUGCCUUUGAGAUUCAAGUUUUUCAUAUCCGAAGACAACGAGGACAUCACCACCGUGAUAGUCGGCGAUAGCAAGAUAAAGGCGGAAAAAUCCCGCGACGAGUACUCGAUGAAGAAUGACGUUUGUGUCGACUUUCAUGUUGGCAACGACACUAAUGUAGAUUUUAUGAUAAAGACACACCUUUCGGACUCGGACGAUGCGACGCGCGAUGCAACGCGAAGUGUCGAGAGUGCAAUACCACAUGCGCAUGUAGAUUUCACAUUAAGGAAAGAUCCAACGGGAUCUAUCUGCGAAGGACAGAAUGCGGAAUUCACAAUUGCGAAAAUGGGACAUGGCUACGGAAUAAACUCCGCAGCAAAACCAGAAUCGAAAGAUCCCGAUGCAGAUGUAGACGCAGAUGCUAUUUCCGAAUCGAUAAUCGCUACGCAAGAUAGCUUAUUAAAUGAUGAAAAUUCUGAUUCCACUCAAGAUAUCUUAUUAAAUAAAAAUCCUGAUUCCACUCAAGUAGAAUCCAUUAAUAAUAAUAAUCGAAUUUCAAGUAUCACUUUUGACAGAAUGAUUGGUAGACCGAAACUUGCCACAUUCGAAUGCUCUCCGUCUUUGAUGCAAGACCAUUUCCAAUUUCAGAAUGUUACUACUAUUGAAGAUGAAAAGGAUCGGAAAAAUUGUGCGAUAACAAUAAGAGACGAACACGACAAACACGAUGAAUCUGUCGAUCUGGAUUUCUGUCAGACGCAAAACGUAAAGUGCCUGUCGAAUGUUCAAGAUUCUCGCGAAGACACUGACGACGAGGAUAGCGGAGUUACCUCCGAUAUAAGUCGCAUGAUAUCCGAGGCCGACACGGAUUCGGAGUGUACUUUGAAGAAUAUGAAAAAAUAUCAACGAACGCAGACUCAUUCGCGACUUUUUCGGCUUUUGAACGAUGAUUCUACUCUGUCCGGUUACUCCCUUCGGACAAAUCUUUCUAGAAAAGAAAAUCUUAGCUUGCCACUCGAAACUACGGCUUUCAAUUACGACGACACGUACUGCUCCAAUUAUUCCAGUGGCUUAACUUCUCCCGAAUAUUCGCCCAUUCACGAGCAGUCUUGGCGAAGAUUUCACCAAGAUGCUACGACGAAUGCAAAUCAUUCGGCGGAUUUGACGAAUGUUGAAACCGAUCAUCUUGCGAGUCAGCAAGAAGAUGAAAUCUCUUCAAAAACUGAUCCGUAUUUCCGAACUUGGAAGAGCUCCAAGUUAGCCAAUUUACGCGAGCAUGAUGUUGUACCUUCUCUAGCUUUCAAGACACUCUCAAGCAAGAUACCUUCUUGGACCUACAAGGUGAAUGUACUGUGCCCGAGAAUCAAGAGUACGAAGAGUGUGCCGCAAACUCUAUUAGCACGGCACGACGACGGAACUAACGAUCCGCCGCGGAUGGUUCCUUCUAUCCCAACAUCCUGUACAAACUCUAAAACCAAUUAUUGCUGACGUCCCAGGGUGGAAUGAGGCCAUAUGUUUGCUCGCCGCCGCGAGCAACUGUUCUCCAUGAUCCACGGACAUACUUUUCUCUCGAUUUUCUUCGCAAGGCAGGGUUGGGUAUGCCCGAGAUGUUCUACGGGCUACGUGAUUUUUUUUUCAUUCGGUACAUAUCGUUUCCAUAUAUUCAUCUAUCAUUCUUGAUUUCUUUUCCACGUUUCCCUCUUUCCUAUUCUUCAUUUUUUAUAUAUCUCACUUUACAUAUAUAUAUUUC